UGCGCGGAGCAGAGGGAGCUCACACCCGGACACGGAGCUCACCGCACGCGGUUGGACCAGCGACGCCGGACGGACGACUCCACAGGCGGUCGGCUUCACGACAGAGGCCGGCAGGUGUGCUCCGGGUCGGGUCCCGCGGCUUCGGAAGUCCCACUGAGCUCGAGUUACCGGGCUGCGUUCAGCAGCUUCCUGUUUGACUGGAUGAUCUCCUGAUGGAACCCCCUUCGUAUGAGGAGGCCAGUCUACACCCUCCUGUUCUGGACACUGCCGUAUUCAGCAUCCUCCCUCCCCCCUCCUACAGCGCCUCCCUCCACUCGUCCCUGACGCCUCCUCCCACCUAUGGAGAAGCAGUUGGUAGAACGCCGGCGGCGGUGACCACGCAGCCGGCGCCCGUUCCCAUCUCGGUGACGCAUCUGGGAGCCGUCCCCGGGUUGGUCCGCUGCCCGCACUGCCACCACCUCGUCAUCUCGAAGGUCACGUACGAGGCCGGGAAGGCCGCCUGGUGCACGUGCAUGCUUCUCGCCAUGAUGGGGUUGAUCUGCGGUUGCUGUCUGAUUCCCUUCAUGGUUCGAGGUCUACAAGACGCACACCACUCCUGCCCACACUGUAAAAAUCACCUGCACGUGUCCACAACGUGACGCGGCCGGGGUUCACGCGGCGCCUCUUCUUCUUGUAAAUACCAGUUUGUCAUAAGCUAGGAAUGAAAACAGUUCACUGCCCACGGACACAGGGAGAAAUAAUGUAUUUAGUGGAUUAUAAGUGUGUGCCUUUACUCAUACUCAUGAUUUAAAAAAAAAAUUGGAUUACUAUUCUUUUUCUGACGACACUGAAUUUUGUAUCACUUUUGUCGUGACACACAUAACAUAAAUAUAUAUAUAUAUAUUUAUAUAUGAAAUAAAUAUAUAUUUAUAUAUAUAAAUAUAAUUUAUAUAUAUAUGU